AGACAGAAACUGAAUCAUCAUCAAUGGCGUUGAGACUGACAUCGCUAAAACGCAUCUUCGAAACCCGAAGCUUCAGCCACGUCGCAGCAGCGCCUCCACCUUUGAACAACGUCAUCAUCGAUCGACCCAUCGUUACGCCGCCGCUGAUUUCACCCGAGUUCGAUCAGAAUCAGAAUCAACCUGGAUCGAUCGAUGAGAAGAGCUUCGGAUUUGGGUUUCCUAGUUUUUCGUUCAGUGGAUCCAUGGACCUAAUGGCUGUGCCCAAGAAGAAGGUUUCUAAACAUAAGAGAGGGAUAAGAAAUGGGCCAAAGGCUCUUAAGCCUAUUCCUCUCAUCAUCCGUUGCAGGAGUUGUGGGCGAGUCAAGCUGCCACAUUUCUUCUGUUGCAGCGGUGAGCGGGUAAACCCCAAUGAGCAAGGCCACUAGAACUGCUGACCAGGAUCUCCUAUAUGAGAUUACUCCUUGUUGGAUAUCCAUAGGGGGUAAAUCUUGGGUUUCUUAGUCGUAGACUUGAGUGAUACUAUAGACUUAGUUGAUGCUGUCUUUUGUCAAAUUAUUUGGGUUUCAGCUGCAAGAUUAAUAUGCUAUGUUUUUUUUUGUAACAAGUUAUGUUAUUGUCAUUGCUUGGUGCAAAGUCUAGACUAAC